GAGUUGCAAUUUUCAAUUUUCAUCAUUGCUUCGCUUUUCGAAGACAAAAAAAACUCUUCACACCGCAAAAAGGUGUUGCGACUGUACCGGCAUCCCUGUGUACCGGUGCGUAGGAUAGUUUUUUUUUCAUUUGGAAGACGGACGUCACAAACACCUUCCAGCACGAAAAAGUGAGAAACGACAACAAGAAAAAAGAGAAGAUGUCGAAACCCUUUGAUUACUCCAAGUGGGAUAAAAUCGAGUUGAGCGAUGACGAAGAUGAUGUCCAUCCGAACAUCGACCGUGAAUCUUGGUUUCGUAUGAAGCAUCGAUCGAGAGUGGAGCGAGAGGAACAUGAGGCAAAAGACAAGAAACGAAUCAACAGUGAGGUAUGCUUAAUUCAAAACCCGUCAUUAUCGUAUAGGUAUAUAUGUUAUGCUUCUAUUAUGCUUUACACAUAAGACAUACAGUCAACCUAACCCAAAUCGUUGCAUUAUCUCUUUGUGCUUAUUGAACGAAAUAAAAAAACCAACGAUCUCUUUUUAUUCGGCAGAUGGAUAAAGCCAAUCAACGUCUUAAAAUGCUUGAACGGGAUAUGAAAAAGAUUGUUAAACGCAAAGCAGAGGACAGUGAUAGUGACGAUGACGAUUUGGACGACGUUGAAGCCAUCAAAAUUGAAAUGGAAGAGUUGAAAUCUCAGAAUGCUCAACGGCAAGCUACUCUGGACGAAUACGAAAAGAACAAAAAAUGGAAUGUUGACAACAUGUUUGAAGUGAAGGAAGAGCGAACCAUGGUGAAUAAAAAUGCAGCAAAAUCCAAUUACACUAGCACGGGACACGCCCAAUCUACUGUCACAGGCGAAGUGGCUAAGAAAGAAUUUGAAAAGGCACGGCAAGAGGCCGAAAAGAAGAAAAAAGAAAGUGACUCUGUGAAGAAAGCAUCUGAACUAUCCAAGCCGGCUGCAGGUCCGUCCAAACCACCUUCGGCAACAACGGCGACGAUGCCCGAAAAAUCCAGCACCGAUCCAACGGAAGUAGACUCCGAUCCUGAAUUUUUGUACACAUAUCACGAAUUCACCGAAAAAUAUGCCGAUUUGUGCGAAAAGUUCAUGUUUAUCAAGAGUUUCGAGGACUCUAAAGAGUUUUUGUUAAAAUAUGGGACUAUCAUGUUGCAAGAACAUGCUGCGAAUUAUUUGUUAUUGGCCACAUUGGAAGAUGAAAUGAAUGGCAAGCACGACGAAAUGAAGCAACGAGCGAAGCAAUCUCAAAUCGUAACCAAUAUUGCUGAACUAGCUCAAUCGUGGCAGACUCAUCCCGGGAAUGCAAUUUUGCCUUUUUUCAAUCGUUUAGAACAACGCGAGUUUCUUGAAGGCUUCUUGUCAGGUGUGAAGGUAUUUGUCGAAAAGAUCGAAAAAAGAGCUAUCAUCAAGCGCAAGGAAAUAGAUGCCGCUCGAGCAGAAGAGGAACAACAUGGAACUCGUGUGAAAAAGGAAGGGGUUGAUUUGUCGGAAAUCCCAAAAGAAGAACGUCUAGGUCCAGGUGGCCUAGAUCCUUUGGAGGUGAUCGAAUCACUACCGCAAUCUAUGCAGGAUGCCUUUGAAAGUCGGGAUACAGAUCAAUUAAGACAAGCUUUAAUGGAAAUGGAUCCAAAAGAUGCCGAAUAUCACAUGCAGAGAUGCGUCGACUCUGGUCUUUGGAAUGCAGGGUAAAAAUAAAAUGCAUACUCUCAAUAAGGAUAAUUCUCAAGA